AUGCACGCGUUUCUUAAUCUCAGCCCAGGGCAAAGUGAAACUCGAUAUCAGAAUCUGUCAUUUCAUGUGGCCUUCGUCCUCAACGGGAUGCUGUCCCUGGCUGCCCGAUUUUCGACAGCAUCCUAUUUUGGGGAAAAAAUUCCUCGGGAACGAGGAGAUGUUUUCGCCACACGGGCAAAGCAAAUGUAUCGGAAGUUUGUCCCUGAGAACCAUAAUCUUCCGCGCAAUCUGGCUUAUCUACAAGGUUGCAUCCUACUGGCAUUCUACAGUCUCAGUUCGAUUCCGGAGUCGUUUGGAUGGCUUCUUACUGGAGAUUGCAUAAGACUUGCAUACGAACUUGAGCUUGACAAAACCGAUGCCGAUAUUGCAAAAGAUUUGCGCCCUCGAUUUGAAGAUCGUAUUACUUCGGAAGACUGGAUCUGUAGAGAGGAGAAACGUCGCGCUUGGUGGUCUGUGUGGGAGCUUGAUAGUUUCCUCUCGACGUUAGCAAAUCGGCCGUAUGCCAUUGAUCAAAGGCAGAUGCGAGUGCUGCUUCCGGCGCCUGACGCCAACUGGGAGUCCGGCUCACCUCUUUCUUCAUCCUUUCUGGCAUCCGAUGCGUCUCAAAUAUGGAAAUCCCUUCAAGGUUGUCCCAAUCAGGACGAAAGAGCAUGGUUCCUAGUGGCCAAAGCUCUUAUGCUCCAGGUCCAUACAGCAUGGAGGACACAGGUCACAUCAUCGCAGGCCGUUGCGGACCUAGAUUCAGCCCUGAGUUGUUUCUCUCUUCUACUGCCACUCGAGUUUCAACUCGAUGCUGGGCUUAUAACGUUUGACAAAGGCAGUUUCCGACAAAGCAAUUGGAUAAUCGCUACUUAUAUUCUCCUUCAAAGUUCACAAACAAUGAUGUUUCUCAUGCAUGAGAAGAUGGCCCAGGCUCAGCAUCCUCCCUCUUCGACAGGCUUCGACUUUUCCACGCACCGCAAUGAAAAAUGGCUUGCCCGGUGCCGACACUGUACCAGCAACGUUUGUGCGGCCAUUCAGUCAUGGCCGCCUCAAUAUAUCCCCCUAUGCUCACCUUUUAUGGUGGUCUCCCUUGUAGGACCUUCCGCAAUGCACCUCAGAAGGGAUGUCCAGUCCGGGGACAAUCCCAUGGAAAAAGAAAUGCUGGAACUGGCCAUCUCUCACGUAGCCAAAUAUUGGCAGAUAGGCCUCCUCAUGUCAAGUAAGACUCACAUCCAUGACGAUUUUUCUGCGUGGUGCUGA